AUGCCACGCUCAGGCGCUUCCCUCUACAUCAAGACCCUGAAGGCCAUGGACACAAUGCUGAGGACACCGGUGCUCAGCUUUCCUGUCUCCAGUGUCAGCCAGGAGCUGCAGGACAUCUUUGAGAUGCUGCUGGACUUCACCAGAGCUGAGAGAGUUGUGUGGGAGAGGGCUGUGGGCAGGAUUGGUGUCCUGACCCUUUUGCCAUCCAAUUAUUCCACUCUGGAGAGCGAUCUGAAGACACCUACAGGGCAGAUGGAGGAGUCCCGUGGUCGGACUGUGCCUGAGCGGCCUCUGCAGGCCCCAGAAAGGGCAAACGAGGUCCCAGUUUGCCCCCGGUCCCCGCAGCACCUGCACCAGCUCAGGCUGCUCAGCUGGGCUGGACCAGAGGACAAGAGCUCCCAGCAUGAUGAGGACCACAGCAUUAUCGUGGUGGUUGCCACGCUCCCAGGUUGCCACGCUCCCAUCUGCACUCCUACACCCCCCCAGAGAGGUCAGGCUCUGCAGAUGGAGAAGAGACCCCCCGCCUUCCCCAGGAAGGCCUGGGAGGAGGACAGCUCUUCCGAGGAGAGCAGCUCUUUAUACCUCCAGCCUUUGUCCUUCUACGACACGACCACGAUGCAGCCACUGCAGAUUGAUUCCAGCUGGUUGCCUGUAUAUGAAGAAGCAGAGGAAGCUGUGGAUUUCAUCAUGGCCUUUGUCAGCAGCCUUGACAAGGACACCCUCAAGUUCACAUUUCUGAAGAGUGUCUACGUGCUGUGCAAAACCGCCUUGAAACGUGGCUUGACCCAGGGCCUGGAUUUAUUCUGCCAAACGUGCGAAGUGGUGGACAACAUCAAGGACAUCCUGGAAAAGGAGCCAAGGGACCAUGUGUCCUUACGGGUCCGGUAUCUCGCCAUGAUUGCCAUCGAUGAAUUAAGCUUGGUGGAGAAUGUGCUGGAGGGCAAAACCAAGAGCCUCCUCUCUGCGUGUUUCUCAAGUGUCUUCUGGCUUCCCCCAGAAAGGGAAAUGCCACGCUCAGGCGCUUCCCUCUACAUCAAGACCCUGAAGGCCAUGGACACAAUGCUGAGGACACUGGUGCUCAGCUUUCCUGUCUCCAGUGUCAGCCAGGAGCUGCAGGACAUCUUUGAGAUGCUGCUGGACUUCACCAAGUCUGAGAGAGAAGUUGUGCAGGAGAGGGCUCUGGGGAGGAUCGGUGUCCUUACUUAUUUGAUGUCCAACUAUUCCAUUCUGAAGGCCUCUGUCAACUUUGGAAGAGACAGUUCUGGACGUGUCUGCCCUGAAGACAUCUCAAUCCCAAUCGUGGGAAAGCUGCUGGCACGUCUCAUUCUUUUCCGAUGUUCCAGCGAACAUACAAGCUAUACAGCCUUCCAUGCUCUUUUCUCCCUCGCUGAAUUCCUCUACAAGUCAAGGCCAAUUGACAGGUCAGACCAGCUCGUUUGGGAAGGUGUGACCACCUCCUCCUUGUGUUCCCUGAGCACCAAGGACUGUACCCAGGCCUUUGGAAGAUAUCUCCGCUCUAGCGAGAGGACAGACGUCAUCCUCGAGGCCAUUGGGGCGUUGAGAGAUGACAGCAUCCUUGACAAGGAGGUGCCCAGCAGCAUGCUGGAUGUGGCCAUGAGAGACCCAGACUCCUGGCUGAUGGAUGUGCCCAAGAUAGUGAGCUGCAUCCUUGAAACCCUGCCAUGCAUCACCACGGAGUCAGGCUGUAAGAAAGUGGAGUCACUGUUUCUCCUGAUGACCAACGAGUAUGGCUCAGCAGUGCUCAUCAGCCUGUGUGAGAUGGCUUUUCAAGGAGACAGCACUGUGCAGGAACUGUGCGACACUCUGUCCUCCAUGCCUGAGAUCUUGGACAAGGUCCUAACGGAAUUGGCUACCUUGCUCCGCAACCAGUGGUGCAACCCUCGCAGAGAAGGCACCUGCGCCUCUCGCAGAGCCUCGUCCUCGGGGCAGAUUGACGUGGAGGAGUUGGGUGACGAGCCCAACGUCUGGAGCGAUCAGGAGCAUGUCGAUGUGCUGAUGGCCUUCGUGUUGCUGGAAGUCCUCGCUGAGCUGUCAGAGAGAGCUGAGAUGGCAAAAAAAGUUGACGCCUUCCUGCCAAGCAUGAUGAAGAUACUGGAAGCUGGCAGUGAAGAUGAAAAGCUGAAGAUCAUUGUGGUCUUCCGAAAUAUCCUGGGUCAGCUGAAAAAGGCAAAGGCCAGCUCCAUCGCCAUGAUGCUGGUGGGGAAGGUGCUGCCGCUCUUUGACUCGGAGUGCAGCCAGCUGCGAGAGCUCUCCCUGUUGCUCUUCAGAGACCUGCUGAAGGCUGUGUUGAGUAGGGAUGAGAAGAAGAUGAGGAGGAACAUUCAGAGUGCUCUGGUCCCUCUUCUCUUCCGUCUGAAUGACCAUAUCCCCAGCGUGGCUAAGGCCUCCAGGGAAGCCCUUUUUGCUGCUGCAGAGCUUCUCAAAUGGAAGCAGCUCAAGCACCUGCUGCAGAGAGAGCGGAUGUGGGAGCUUGGAGAAUGCUUGCUGCUGAGGAGGAGCAGCAGGGCUGAAGAGUACAUGCAUCAGAGCCUGCCCUACCUGAGGGACUCUCAGUCCUCCGUGCGCCUGGCGGCCGUCAGGUUCAUCAGUGAGUCACAGCCCCUGGCCCCUUUUGGGCCAGCCUGGCCACUUCCUUGCCACUGCACUGGCAGCAAGGGGCAACCCUGUGGCAACCCCAACCACCCCAUGCCGAGCCUCAGCCUCCCUCUGCCCCUUGCCACAAGCUGGGCUUGGUGACCGCCUUGCUCAGCCCCACUCCCUUUGGCUGCUGGCGGCCCCUGGGUCAGCCCUGCAGAAUGGGAGGGCAGCAGGGCCGGGGCUCACACUGCUGGGAGCACAGCAGGAGCAGGGAAUGACGGAGCUCUCUUCCCAGGG